AUGGCAUUGCAAAAGGAAGUUCAGAGGGCAAAACCUUUGCAUGUGGCCAAAUAUCCAGUAGCACUUGACAAGCUUGUACACGAUCUUGAAAGUGUACAGCCAACAAUUCCUUCAUGGAUUCCGCUUCAAAAUAUGCAGUGUUUGAGAAUCAGUAAUGGACGUUUCAAAAGAUUGUGGCAGCAAGAUGAAGAGGCUCCAUCAGGAAUGAAACAGCUGGAGAUUUGCGGAACUCUUUUAGAAGGGUAUCCAGAUUUCUUAGGAAUAUCAACUCAUGUGGAAAAGGAAUUCAACGAGGUUCAACGCAUGUCAAAAAUGAAGUCAUUGAUGGUGAAGACAUGUAGAAGAUUUUCAGGCUCCCUCGCUACGAAUUCUGCUAGUAAGUCUUCUGUUAAGGCCCAAUUGAACGGUGGCCAAAAGUCUGCUACGGCUAAGGCCCCAUUGAACUUGCUUGAAGAUCUAGUAAUCAGCGAGCAAGAAAACAUAGAAAAAAUUAUACUUGACGGAAAUUAUUGUCCAAACCUUCAAUUCUUGGAACUUUAUUCCGUUAGAAAUCUUAUUGAAGUGCAAUUUACAAGAGUUGAAACAUUAAAUUAUCUUAAUAUUAGCAAGUGUGGAUAUCUCAAAGUUUUGUCAGUGACAUCUGAUCUUACAGAACUUGAAGAAUUGAGCAUUACUGCAUCAUGCCCAAUGCUGGAGGAGCCAAAUCUUGGCCAUUUGAGCUGUCUGAAAAAGAUAAGAAUCACAGAUUUUAAUAUGAAUAGUGUGCCAGGAAUGUUCAGUUUCAAGAUGCUCGUAGAAUUGAAUCUUAGUAGAUGUCCAAACCUUCAUGAGUUAUGUCUUGCACAUUUGAGUUGGCUGGAAAAACUUACAGUUCACCACUGUGAUGAUUUGAAAAAGAGCAUAACAAUUGAUAGGUCUGUCAAGGUGAAAUGUUUUGAGCUAAACGAUUGUAAAAAUUUGGAAACGGUUCCAGGAAUAUCAUUCGAAAUGAUUCAAGUGCUAAAAAUUUGUGGCUGUCCAGAGCUUAAGAAUUUCCCCGUUAUUUGUUGCCGAAGGUGCCUAGAGUUGAUUAUAAUUGAUGGAUGUGGGAAUCUCAAGUCCCUCACGUUGACUGAUUGUGCUAUUUUGAAUGGAGUGUCUGGUAACCUCGAUCUUGCUGGAUUAUCCAGAUUGUCCAUAUCGGAUUAUCCAAUGCUUAAAUUGCUGCCAUCGCUUGGGCAUCUAAUUUACCUUGAGGAAAUUCGCAUUCUCCGGUGCGCGAGUCUGCAAAAUAUGACUUUACCAGCGACUCUGAAGCGUCUUGAAUUAAAUUCUUGCAGAGAACUAAAAGUAACGUUAGGAAUUUCUGUUCUUACAAAACUUACAGAGCUAAAUAUAAAAACGUGCCCCCAACUUCGGUUUGAAUAA